AUGGACAAAUUAGUCGUGAAUUAUUAUGAAUACAAGCACCCUAUAAUUAAUAAAGACCUGGCCAUUGGAGCCCAUGGAGGCAAAAAAUUUCCCACCUUGGGUGCUUGGUAUGAUGUAAUUAAUGAGUACGAAUUUCAGACGCGUUGCCCUAUUAUUUUAAAGAAUUCGCAUAGGAACAAACAUUUUACAUUUGCCUGUCAUUUGAAAAACUGUCCAUUUAAAGUCUUGCUAAGCUAUGCUGGCAAUGCUGCAUCCUCAGAAACCUCAUCUCCUUCUGCAAAUAAUAAUACCAACCCUCCGGGUACUCCUGAUCAUAUUCAUCAUCAUAGCAACAACAUGAACAACGAGGACAAUGAUAAUAACAAUGGCAGUAAUAAUAAGGUUAGCAAUGACAGUAAACUUGACUUCGUUACUGAUGAUCUUGAAUACCAUCUGGCGAACACUCAUCCGGACGACACCAAUGACAAAGUGGAGUCGAGAAGCAAUGAGGUGAAUGGGAACAAUGACGAUGAUGCUGAUGCCAACAACAUUUUUAAACAGCAAGGUGUUACUAUCAAGAACGACACUGAAGAUGAUUCGAUAAAUAAGGCCUCUAUUGACCGGGGAUUGGACGACGAGAGCGGUCCUACUCAUGGUAAUGACAGCGGUAACCACCGUCACAACGAGGAGGAUGACGUCCAUACCCAAAUGACGAAAAACUAUUCUGACGUAGUGAACGAUGAAGACAUCAACGUUGCCAUUGCCAAUGCCGUCGCAAAUGUAGAUUCUCAAUCAAACAAUAAGCACGAUGGAAAAGACGAUGAUGCCACUAACAACAAUGAUGGCCAAGAUAAUAAUACUAAUAACGAUCACAACAAUAACAGCAAUAUCAAUAACAACAAUGUCGGUAGCCACGGCAUUUCCUCCCACUCACCAUCCUCCAUACGAGACACGUCUAUGAAUUUAGACGUCUUCAAUUCUGCUACCGAUGAUAUACCGGGCCCAUUUGUCGUUACCAAAAUUGAGCCCUAUCAUAGUCACCCACUAGAAGAUAACUUGUCACUGGGUAAAUUUAUCCUAACUAAGAUUCCAAAGAUUUUACAAAACGAUUUAAAGUUUGAUCAAAUACUAGAAAGCUCUUACAAUAAUUCUAACCAUACAGUGAGUAAAUUUAAAGUUUCUCAUUACGUGGAGGAGUCCGGUCUUUUAGACAUUUUAAUGCAAAGAUAUGGAUUAACCGCCGAAGAUUUCGAAAAAAGGUUACUUUCCCAAAUAGCCAGACGUAUAACGACGUAUAAAGCAAGAUUUGUUUUGAAAAAGAAAAAAAUGGGCGAGUAUAAUGAUUUACAACCUUCUUCAUCUUCCAAUAACAACAAUAACAACGAUGGUGAGCUUUCUGGCACGAACUUGAGAAGUAACUCUAUCGACUACGCCAAACAUCAGGAAAUAUCAAGUGCGGGUACCUCAUCGAACACAACCAAAAAUGUGAAUAAUAACAAGAAUGACAGUAAUGACGAUAAUAACGGCAACAAUAAUAAUGACGCCUCAAAUUUAAUGGAAAGUGUGCUAGAUAAAACCUCUAGUCACCGGUAUCAACCCAAGAAGAUGCCAAGCGUCAAUAAAUGGAGCAAGCCAGAUCAAAUAACUCAUUCAGACGUGUCCAUGGUUGGCCUAGAUGAAUCAAACGAUGGCGGUAAUGAAAAUGUCCACCCAACCUUGGCUGAAGUAGACGCUCAAGAAGCUCGUGAAACUGCUCAGUUAGCCAUAGACAAGAUCAAUUCUUAUAAGAGGUCCAUUGAUGACAAGAAUGGUGAUGGCCAUAACAAUUCGUCGAGAAACGUGGUAGAUGAAAACUUGAUCAACGAUAUGGAUUCAGAAGAUGCUCACAAGUCCAAAAGACAGCAUUUGUCAGAUAUCACACUGGAAGAGAGAAAUGAAGACGACAAACUACCACAUGAAGUGGCGGAACAGUUAAGGUUACUGUCAUCGCAUUUGAAAGAGGUAGAGAAUCUACACCAGAAUAAUGAUGAUGACGUAGACGAUGUAAUGGUGGACGUGGAUGUAGAAUCGCAGUAUAAUAAGAACACAACUCAUCAUAAUAACCAUCAUAGCCAACCUCAUCACGAUGAAGAAGAUGUUGCUGGACUAAUAGGGAAAGCCGAUGAUGAAGAAGACCUUUCUGAUGAAAACAUUCAACCAGAAUUAAGAGGUCAAUAG